CAUGGCGAGCCCUCCGGAGACCGAAGGCUUCUCGGACGUGCGCAAGGUGGGCUACCUGCGCAAACCCAAGAGCAUGCACAAGCGCUUCUUCGUGCUGCGGGCGGCCAGCGAGGCGGGGGGCCCGGCGCGCCUCGAGUACUACGAGAACGAGAAGAAGUGGCGGCACAAGUCGAGCGCCCCCAAACGCUCGAUCCCCCUGGAGAGCUGCUUCAACAUCAACAAGCGGGCGGACUCCAAGAACAAGCACCUGGUGGCCCUCUACACCCGGGACGAGCACUUUGCCAUCGCGGCGGACAGCGAGGCGGAGCAGGACAGCUGGUACCAGGCCCUCCUGCAGCUGCACAACCGGGCCAAGAGCCACCACGACGGGGCCGCGGCCCCCGGGGCAGGAGGCGGCGGGGGCAGCUGCAGUGGCAGCUCGGGCCUCGGCGAGGCUGGGGAGGACUUGAGCUACGGGGAUGUGCCCCCAGGACCUGCGUUCAAGGAGGUCUGGCAGGUGAUCCUGAAACCCAAGGGCCUGGGUCAGACAAAGAACCUGAUUGGCAUCUACCGUCUCUGCCUGACCAGCAAGACCAUCAGCUUCGUGAAGCUGAACUCGGAGGCGGCGGCCGUGGUGCUGCAGCUGAUGAACAUCAGACGCUGCGGCCACUCCGAGAACUUCUUCUUCAUCGAAGUGGGCCGUUCCGCGGUGACGGGACCUGGGGAGUUCUGGAUGCAGGUGGAUGACUCUGUGGUGGCCCAGAACAUGCACGAGACAAUCCUGGAGGCCAUGCGGGCCAUGAGCGACGAGUUCCGUCCUCGAAGUAAGAGCCAGUCCUCUUCCAACUGCUCCAACCCCAUCAGCGUCCCCCUGCGCAGGCACCACCUCAACAACCCGCCACCCAGCCAGGUGGGGCUGACCCGCCGCUCUCGCACCGAGAGCAUCACCGCCACCUCUCCGGCCAGCAUGGUGGGCGGGAAGCAGGGCUCCUUCCGCGUGCGCGCGUCCAGCGACGGCGAGGGCACCAUGUCCCGCCCGGCCUCGGUGGACGGCAGCCCCGUGAGUCCUAGCACCAACAGGACGCACGCGCACCGGCAUCGCGGCAGCUCCCGGCUGCACCCGCCUCUCAACCACAGCCGCUCCAUCCCCAUGCCUUCGUCCCGCUGCUCGCCUUCUGCCACCAGCCCGGUCAGUCUGUCGUCCAGCAGCACCAGUGGCCACGGCUCCACCUCGGACUGCCUCUUCCCCCGGCGCUCUAGUGCUUCUGUGUCCGGUUCCCCCAGCGAUGGCGGUUUCAUCUCCUCGGAUGAGUACGGCUCCAGUCCUUGCGAUUUCCGAAGUUCCUUCCGCAGUGUCACCCCGGAUUCCCUGGGCCACACCCCACCGGCCCGCGGGGAGGAGGAGCUGAGCAACUACAUCUGCAUGGGAGGCAAAGGAUCCUCCACCCUCACCGCCCCCAAUGGUCACUACAUUUUGCCUCGGGGUGGCAAUGGUCACCGCUACGUCGCCGGGGCCGGCCUGGGCACCAGCCCAGCCCUGGCCGGGGAUGAAGGAGCUAGUGCAGCCGAUCUGGAUAAUCGGUUCCGAAAGCGGACUCACUCGGCCGGCACGUCCCCUACCAUUUCCCACCAGAAGACCCCAUCGCAGUCCUCGGUGGCUUCCAUCGAGGAGUACACGGAGAUGAUGCCUGCCUACCCGCCAGGAGGUGGCAGCGGAGGCCGCCUGCCCGGCUACCGGCACUCCGCCUUCGUGCCCACCCACUCCUACCCCGAGGAGGGUCUGGAGGUGCACCGGGGCCACCACCGCCCAGACACCUCCUCUCUCCACACUGAUGAUGGCUACAUGCCCAUGUCCCCAGGAGUGGCCCCAGUGCCCAGCAGCCGCAAGGGCAGCGGGGACUACAUGCCCAUGAGCCCCAAGAGCGUGUCUGCGCCACAGCAGAUCAUCAACCCCAUCAGGCGCCAUCCCCAGAGGGUGGACCCCAAUGGCUACAUGAUGAUGUCCCCUAGCGGCAGCUGCUCUCCUGACAUCGGAGGUGGGCCCAGCGGCAGCGGCAGCGGCGCCGCCCCCUCUGGGGGCAGCUACGGGAAGCUGUGGACCAACGGGGUCGGGGGCCACCACCCUCACGCUCUGCCACAUCCCAAACUCCCCGUAGAGAGUGGUGGCGGCAAGCUCUUGUCUUGUACUGGUGACUACAUAAACAUGUCGCCGGUGGGGGACUCCAAUACCAGCAGCCCCUCCGACUGCUACUACGGCCCGGAGGACCCCCAGCACAAGCCAGUCCUCUCCUACUACUCGUUGCCAAGGUCCUUUAAGCACACCCAGCGCCCCGGGGAGCUGGAGGAGAGUGCCCGGCACCAGCACCUCCGCCUUUCCUCCAGCUCUGGUCGCCUUCUCUAUGCCGCCACCGCGGAAGAUUCCUCCUCCUCUACCAGCAGCGACAGCCUGGGCGGCGGGUACUGUGGGGUCAGGCCCGAUUCUGGCCUCCCGCACAUCCACCAUCAGGUCCUGCAGCCCCAUCUGCCUCGAAAGGUGGACACAGCUGCCCAGACCAACAGCCGCCUGGCUCGGCCCACGAGGCUGUCCCUGGGGGAUCCCAAGGCCAGCACCUUACCUCGGGUCCGAGAGCAGCAGCCACAGCCCCCGCUGCUGCACCCUCCGGAGCCCAAGAGCCCAGGGGAAUAUGUGAAUAUUGAGUUUGGGGGGGAUCAGCCGGGCUACUUAUCUGGUCCCGUGGCUUCCCGCGGCUCGCCUUCUGUCAGGUGCCCAUCCCAGCUCCAGCCAGCCCCCAGAGAGGAAGAGACUGGCACUGAAGAGUACAUGAACAUGGACCUGGGGCCAGGCAGGAGGGCCACCUGGCAGGAGGGUGCCGGGGGCCAGCCAGGCAGAGUGGGCCCCACACCUCCUGGGGCGGCCAGCGUGUGCAGGCCCACCCGGGCCGUGCCCAGCAGCCGCGGUCACUACAUGACCAUGCAGAUGGGCUGUCCCGGUCAGAGCUAUGUGGACACCUCACCAGUUGCCCCCAUCAGCUAUGCUGACAUGCGGACAGGCCUCGUUGUGGAGGAGGCGAGCCUUCCGGGGGCCACGGCCGCGGCUCCCUCCUCAUCCUUGGCGGCCUCGGCUUCCCCCACUGCGCCUCAAAAAGCAGGGGAGCUGGUGGCCCGCUCUUCCCUGCUGGGGGGCCCGCAGGGACCCGGAGGCAUGAGCGCCUUCACCAGGGUGAACCUCAGCCCCAACCGGAACCAGAGUGCCAAAGUGAUCCGUGCGGACCCGCAAGGGUGCCGGAGGCGGCACAGCUCCGAGACCUUCUCCUCGACACCCAGUGCCACCCGGGCGGGCAACACGGUGCCCUUCGGAGGGGGCGCUGCAGGAGGGGGCAGCGGUGGUGGCAACGGCAGCGCCGAGGAGGUGAAACGCCACAGUUCUGCUUCCUUCGAGAACGUGUGGCUGAGGCCUGGGGAGCUCGGGGGAGCCCCCAAGGAGCCGGCCCAAGUGUGCGGGGCCGCCGGGGGUUUGGAGAACGGGCUUAACUACAUAGACCUGGAUUUGGUCAAGGACUUCAAACAGCGCCCUCAGGAGCGCCCCCCUCAACCACAGCCGCCCCCGCCCCCGCCCCCGCCCCCUCAUCAGCCUCUGGGCAGCGGCGAGGGCAGCUCCACCCGCCGCUCCAGCGAGGAUUUAAGCGCCUAUGCCAGCAUCAGUUUCCAGAAGCAGCCAGAGGACCUCCAGUAGCUCGACUGGACAUCACAGCAGGUGCGUUUCAUGGUGACAAAGUCAGAAGACAAAACCGCUUUGAACCCUGUGCUGGAAUUCUCUUCCUCUUUGCCUAGGCCCCCUUUCCUCUCCUUCCCACUGCUUCCUUAGGGGGUGCAUUCCCAGGAUGGGAGAGGUUAGGGCACACAAGGUGUACUCUCCCCCCCUCCCCC